UUCGACAACACAAUCACAAUCCUGCGCUCCGUCAGACUGCGAGUGCGAGUGCCGAGUACUGCGACUGCGCUUGAAGUUAUUGUUACAGUAAUAAAUUACUUAUGCAUUCAGCCUGAGAGUCAUGAAAAUGAAUCUUGAACUUCCCAUUACCCAAAACUCUUCGGAUCCAAAUGAAGAUGGUCUGAUAGGUGCAGGGAACCUGACAUUGUCCUGGCAUAAUAUUUCUGUUUGGGUGAAGAAAAAGAACGAAGAGAAGAGCUCAUGGCUUCAGCAGAAAUACCAAGAUGUUAGAAUAAUCAACAAAGUGAGUGGUCUAGCAGAGCCUGGGUCUUUGGUGGCGAUUAUGGGGCCAAGUGGAGCAGGGAAGACAACAUUGUUGGCCACCAUCAGUCAGCGGCUUCAAGGUGAUGUUUACGGCCAGAUUCUGCUCAAUGGAAACCAGGUGACUCAACAGCUGAUGACGAGAGUGUCAGGCUUUGUACCACAACAGGACCUGACUCUGAAGGGCCUCACUGUCCUCGAGCACAUGCAACUCAUGGCUAGAUUGAAGAUGGAUCGUCGUCUGAGGACGUCCCACAGGAACCGAAGAGUUUUGACACUCAUCAACGAGCUUGGUUUGGCCAAAUGCAGCACUACGAGGCUGUCGGCUCUGUCAGGCGGAGAAACCAAAAAAGUCUCACUUGCUGUCCAGAUGCUGACAGACCCUGCGCUGCUGUUCUGUGAUGAGCCGACUACAGGUCUAGACAGUUACAACGCAGGCGCUGUGGUGGAGAGACUACGCAGUCUAGCAGUGAGAGGCAAGACUGUAAUCUGCAGCAUCCAUCAGCCUACGUCCGGCAUUUUCGACAUGUUCCACAGUGUCAUACUGCUAGCGCCUGGAGGUGAACUGGCUUACCAGGGCGACCCACAGCACGCACUACAACACUUCAACAAUUUAGACAUUGUUUGUCCCACUUCUUAUAACCUGGCAGAGUUCCUAGUGUCACAACUAAAUGUCACCGACCAGCCAGAGUCUCAAUCCAAGGUACAAAGAAUAUGUUCCAAGUAUCUGGAGUCUGAGGUUGGAAAAGAGCACGAGAAGAAACUUGAGAAAUUGAAAAACCGCAAGAGGCACAACAACAUACUAGAAGUCAGCAACGGUGUAGCACACUACGGAGAAUUGGAGGACGAAUUUCAGAAGUAUGUGAAUAUCCAAACGCCGAAACUCUUUACCCAGCUUUACUGGCUUGUUUGGAGGUCAUUUGUUGAAAUAUUUCGAAACCCCCAGGAACAGCUUCUACGACUCGCCUUCUAUAUGUUCAUCGCACUGCUGAUAUCCACUCCAUACACAGGUCUAUCAGUAGACCAGGCUGGUAUACAGAACAUGCAGGGAUGCUUGUACCUGGUGGUGGUGGAAACUAUCUUCACAUUCACCUACAGUGUGUUUCAUACAUUCCCAUCAGAGAUACCUGUGUUACUGAGAGAAAUAGGCAACGGACUGUACACUCCUGGACCUUACUAUGUCUCCAAGAUGAUAGUUCUGCUGCCAAGAGCACUGAUAGAGCCCAUCCUCUACUCUGCUACUGUGUUUUACAUUGCUGGACUGUUUGGUGGAGUUACAGGCUUUAUACAGUUCUGUGUGCCAAUCAUCGCCUGUGCCAUCACUGCCACUGCAUGGGGUUGCUUGAUAUCAGCAAUGUUCGAAUCUGUCUCUACUGGAUCAUUAGUCUCAGUACCAAUAGAACAAGUUUGUCUACUAUUUUGUGGUAUCUUUCUAUCAUUGAGCGAUGCGCCCUUACACCUGGCUUGGAUAAAGUAUAUCUCGAUGUUUUACUAUGGCUUGGAAGCUGUCUCAAUUUUGCAAUGGACUAGGAUUGAAGAGAUCCCUUGUUCGGAGAACAAAAAUGUUCCUUGUAUAUCAACUGGUGACGGAGUACUGGAAAACUACGGCUACAGUGCUGCAAACUACAGAUUGGACUUGCUAGGUCUGGGGGCUUUGUACUGCGUAGCUCACAUAAUUGGCUUCCUGGCGUUCAAGAAAAGAAGCAAAAAGCAAGCUGCAUAUUGAAGACUUCAAGAGUUUAAUCAAACCAUUUUUAAGAGUACAUUUUAACUCAAUCAGUUCAAUCUCUAUCCGUCUCAAAGGGUGCACAUGUAACAAAAUGAAAAUACUCAUUGAAUGACAGUCUUAUGACUAAAGUUUGCAAUAUAGAUAUUUAUAGUUUACUUUUAUUUAAUUUGGCUGAUACCAUAAUACGUAGAUCUAGAUACCAUAAUACAAACAGCUUCCGGUUGACCUUAAAAGCUGUUUAAGUUUUCAUCCAUGAAUUGGUUUCACUGUGUAAGGAGUUUAGAACAGACUAUAAAGCAUGGCUCACACUAGGGCUGUGAAUUGACACAUGGCAUCAGCUGUGAAUUGAAAGAAGCCGCUACUGUCAGCUUAAUGUGACCACAAAAUUCGCAGCUGACACCGCCAGCCGGUGAGCAUUUGUCAGUGGCUGGCAAAGUCGGACAUGUUCAACUUUUGGCAGCGAGGCAGCGGUGACUAGUGGUCACGUGUGCCAGCAGCGACAAAAGAUAAUUUUCAUCUUGGUUUUACACAAAAACACCUGUCUCAAUUUUUUCAAUUAGAGGUUUAACUAAUUGUAGCAAUUCUUGGAAUGUAUGUGGUGACAUUCGUAAAACAUUUUUGUAUGUUUCUCAUUCACCUUCUUUUAGUUUUUGCAACCAGCUUGUUUGGACCAAUGCCCAAAAAAAAACUUGACAUGACAUGAGUGGACUGUAUUGGGAAUUUACUAGUGACUCAAAGGUUUGACAUAAAAAAUCAAUAUGUGGUCAAUACAUUUAUUUUACUCUACCUUUUAACAUUUGGUUACAUGUACAUCAUUAUUCUUACUAUGGUACAUAUUAUCUGGCCAGAUUAGUAUAAUGAUUUUACCAAUUAGUUUUAUGUUUGAGGCUUUGGGAAAGGAAAGAGAUGGGAAGUGACCAUAUAGUCUUUAGAUUUGUAUUUAAAUUAUAUACAAUAGGGAAGAACUCUGGACAUGUUGCUUACUUCAAUUCAUGAUUGUAAAAGGAGAAAGUGGAUAUACCUCCGCCAGAUAAAGUAGUUUUAAAAGUCUUCCACUUGAUGGAAGCACUAAUCGACACACUGAACCACACAAAAUAGUUUGCUGAUUUUCCACUAGAGUUCAGGAAGAAUAUGUUUUAAGGAUAGCCCAAACAGGCUUGAAGAAGCUCCUAACUGUUCCUUUAUUUGUAUCCAAGGUCUGGUCCACUAACGCCUCUUCUUGCAGUUAAGCAUUUUUAAAUAAAGUUCUUUCUCUUUCACACACAUCCUCAAUAAUCGAUUAAGUACUGGUUUAUGAGGAGCCAAGGACGAAAUGGGAACAAGAACUGAGCUUUAAACUAGGGGAUUAAAAGCAGUAAUUCUUAGCGUAGAAAUGACUGAGCUUAAGUGGUCGGGGAAGCAGGUUAUUGAUUUCUCAAAUUUAUUCCAAAACUAUGCGUGCUUAUGGGACGUUUCUUCAAAGAAGUAGGAACGUGAGUUUUAGGAACGUCAAAGAAGCAGCUUACUGUAAAUUGUUGCAAAACCUCACAGCUUUUCAUUCUCACACAUCCUCAAUAAUCACUUAAGUAUUCGUUACGAGGUCCCAAGACGCUGAUCACUAGCAGCUGACAAUCUACCUACUGCGACCCAUGCAAAAGCCGCUGCUUGGUGGUGCUGGUGCCAGUCGCUGAUCACAAGCAGCUGGCGAGCAGCCUAGUGUGACCCGUGCUUAUGGAGGGUAUCAGCUACUUAAUAACAUGAGAGUGAAUAAUGUGUAAGUCUAUUCUACAUUGGCACUUUGCAGGGGAAAAACAUUUCAUACAUGCCUCGUUAGUGCAUGAAUGGACUAUUCCCUAAUACAGCAAGGUGUUGCUGAUGAAUGCUACAUUGCUAUGGUUUGUGAUUGCUAGUUUUCCUUUUUAUGAGUUUGCUAUUUUUUACUCACUAACUUAUUACCAGUAUUUCUGAUAACUUACAAACCUGCACUAUAGAUUAUAAGUUAGAAGGGAUCAAAAAAGUUUCUCUUAUUAUAGGCUAACAAUUAAUUUUGAAGAAUUUCAUUGACUUCAUAGGGCUACCUUUAGUCUCAACAUGGUGCAACUAAGACAAGGUUUAUUUUCCAUAUAUUUUAUUUUUGAUCUUUUACAAAACCUAAACUGAUUUAUUGUUAUGUGUAGAGUGAUAUGAAUGUAUCUUUUACAUCAGUGAAUUGUCAUUCAUAUUUAUUAUUAUAUGUAUAUAUAUAGAUUUGAUAGUUUAUAAUAUUUUUAUACUUGAUU